UUGACGUGCAGGACCUUCCUCUUACGGAAGGGCACCUGCCAGAUCCGUCAGUGGCGCCCUCUGCCCUCUCUCUAGUUUGGAACUCCGCCGCUGCUUCUGAGGUGCGCUCCACUUCUGCCGCACGGACUACGUAUAUAAGAAAGGACUGACCAUCGUCGUCAGUGUCGAACUCACCGCCCCGCUCACCGUCGACACAAACAGCGUAGGUCAAUGCUUAGUCAUCCACCUGAGGCCAUUCUUGGACAGGCUUGGCGGGCUUGGCACCCGCGGAUGAGCGACGAGCGCUGGUCCGCUCUCUGGUCCCUCCGCCAUCCUCGUCCGAGUCGUCGCCCUCUGCGGCUCUCCCCUUCCUAUCCAUUGCACGACAAGACUAUUCACGACCACGCCCUACUAGCGGAUACGUCAUAAUACCCUUUACCCGGCGAUGGGGUGCUCGCUGCGCUGCCUCCUUUUUCUCUCCGCCUUACAGUAUGCUCUGGCUUCGAACGGCACUACGGGGUCUGAUGCUGAUCCCAUUCUCCAAUAUCGCCCCGUCUUCGCCCGGUCCCUCCCCGUGCAGCUCCUUGUGAACGGGAUUGUGCUCACGCUCAUGGCCGUCCUCCUUCUGCAACUCCUCUUCACGGCCCAGUAUCACUUCCGCCUCGCACCGGUCAACUAUGCCUUCCAGUUUGCCGGCGUGUGCAUGCUCCUUACCAACGUCAUCGCCUCGCUGCAUGUCAUUAUGUCCACAGUCUCCGACGAGAGCAAGACUUGGCCCUAUAUGCUCAAUUACGUCUCCGUCGACCUCCCUCCUCAGGGGGCCCUUGGCUGGUCGACCGCAGAGAUUAUGGCCUGGCUGUUCAUGAUGGCCAGUACGGGGCUUCUCAUCCAAGCGACGCACAUCCAGUUCCUCGGCCUGCUCUUCCCCUCCAAGCUCGAGAAACGCCUCAUCUUCUGGCUCCUCGGUCCGCUUGCGGCAACGUCCGCGAUCAUGCAGCUCAUUCGCAUCAUCGACACUCCGCUGGUGCAACGCUCAUCGAUCGCUGUGCAGAAUGUGUGCAAUGCGACACUCUCGCUGCUCUUCACCGUCUCCCUCAUGCUCUGGGGGCUGCUCGUCAACCGGAAGAAUGCCUGGCGGAUGGACGGCGGUACGGCUGCGUUCGGGGUUGGCGCCCUUGUUCUCGCCCCCAUCUCAACCGUCAUCUCGCUCGUCUACAUCCCCACCCGGUUUGAGUUCUCGUGGAUGAAGCCGCUGAUGUGGAGCGUCAUCCUCUGGCAGAGUUUCUUCGGAUGGUGGUGGUGGGUCGGCGCCGGCAUGGGCGUUGGGGAGCUAGACGAGCUGCUCAGCAGGCAGGAGAAGCGGCAGCGGAAGCGCGCCGGGAAGACCAAGAAGCGCGGACGUGGCGAGCGCGAGGGCACGCUGCUCGGUGGUGUCGCUCACGCGAUGGGUCUGAGACGUGGGGAGCCGGGCGCGAGACACGCGUCGCCGCCCAGCGUGUCGAACAGCGGCGCACGGGGCUGGCGGAUCCUACGGCAUACAAAGGCGUUCUGGAUGUUCCUUCGCCACGAACAUCUCACGGCGGCACGCGCACAAGCGGAGGAAUGGAUCGAGCGCGUCACCGAGGUGUACGGGCCUAACGGGGACCGGGGCUGGGGACUCGGCCAGUUUGGCGUCGGCGCCCGCCAUGUGGGCGAGCGCGACGCGGACGCGGAGACGGUGGUCGGCGAUGAGGAGUAUGAGAUGGAAGAGAUGGAUGGGCGAGAGCACGCUGUCGUUGACACAGACGGUGGUGGCAAGGCUGCUCAGGGAAACAAUGAUGAGCAGCAGGAGCGGGAAGAGGGACGGAGAAGAGUGCGAAGGCGGGGCAGGCGGCGAGAUGUUGACGAUGCGCGGGAUCCGACGAGGAAUGGUGCACAAGAUCUUGAGAGGCCACGGUCGAUGUGGUGGUGGGGCCCGUUCCGUCGGUGGCGACUGCAGGAUGCAACAGAGUAUUGAGAUAGUGAUGGAUAGAGUAAGAUGUCAUGAUCUAUUGGUGUAUUGUUGUGUAUUUUUGUAUCGUUAUUCGGGUUCUUGGAGUCUCGUACUCGGGCUGCUGGACAUCGUGGUUGUGUUGGAUUUAACUCAAUGCGAAAGGUUCGUCAUAUACCGUCUUGUCUCACGACAUAUUUGCGCUCCGUUGAUAUUUCGUAGCGUUGAAAGAAGAUAUCCUUGUCACUGUUACGUGAUGCGGGGCUGACGAGUUCGUACGGAAUGUGACUUGGUGGUCGUUUUUAAAGCCUCGUCGGCAUCGCGCACCAGAUUCAAGCAUUGAUGGUGAACUCGCGGACCCACUGCUCGUUAGUCCGAGCCUUCGAUCUUCAUCGUACACUAUUACACUCGACCUGUCAUGGCGUAGGAUACA